CCGGCCCUCAUCUCUUUCACUCCGUCGCGUACACGGGGCUUGUAUGGAAGAGAUUCAAAAGGAAUAACCAUGAGUUACGCCCCUCCAAUGGCUGGACUCAAGUACCUGAGUGGGUUCGGGAAUGAGUUCUCCUCCGAGGACCCUCGCUGUCCAGGAGCCUUACCCAAAGGACAGAACAGCCCUCAGGUGUGUCCCUAUGGCCUCUACGCUGAGCAACUCUCAGGCUCCGCCUUCACCUGCCCACGACCAACCAAUAAGAGGAGCUGGUUUUACCGCAUUCUGCCAUCUGUCCGCCACAAGCCAUACACCACAGUGGACAACGGGAACCUAACAGAGACCUGGGACGAAAUGCAUCCUGACCCAAACCAGCUGCGGUGGCUGCCAUUCACCAUCCUCAAAUCUUCAGAGAAGAAGGUGGAUUUUGUGACGGGUCUGCACACCAUAUGCGGAGCAGGAGACACUAAGACCCGGAAUGGGAUCAGCAUUCAUAUGUUCACCUGCAAUACCUCAAUGAUCGACAGGUGUUUCAACAACUCAGAUGGAGAUUUUCUCAUUGUGCCCCAGCAGGGUAAAAUUCUGGUCACUACAGAGUUUGGCAAGAUGAUGGUGGAACCCAAAGAGAUCUGUGUCAUCCAGCAAGGAAUGCGUUUCAGUGUGGAUGUGUUCGGGGACACCAGAGGCUACGUGCUGGAGGUGUACGGCGCCCACUUCGAGCUCCCCGACCUGGGACCCAUAGGGGCCAAUGGACUGGCCAAUCCCAGGGACUUCCUGACUCCAGUGGCAUGGUACGAGGACCGCGAAGUGGCCAACGGCUAUACUGUCAUCAACAAGUACCAGGGCAAGCUGUUCUCCAGCCAACAGGAUUUCUCUCCCUUCAAUGUGGUGGCGUGGCAUGGGAACUACACACCAUACAAAUACCACCUGAGCAACUUCAUGGUCAUGAACUGUGUGGCCUUCGAUCACGCGGACCCUUCCAUAUUCACGGUGCUGACGGCCAAGUCCACGCGUCCCGGUGUUGCCAUUGCCGACUUCGUCAUCUUCCCUCCACGCUGGGGAGUGGCGGACCACACAUUCAGACCCCCCUACUACCACAGAAACUGCAUGAGCGAGUUCAUGGGGCUGAUCGAGGGCCACUACGAGGCCAAGGAGGAGGGCUUCCAGCCCGGGGGGGGGAGCCUGCACAGCAUGAUGACUCCCCAUGGCCCUGAUGGGGCCUGCUUUGAGAAGAACUCCACUGCUCCCCUCAAACCAGAGCGGGUGGCUGAGGGGACCAUGGCCUUCAUGUUUGAGUCUUCGUUCAGCAUGGCGGUGACCAAAUGGGGUCUGGAAACCUGUCAGAAAUUGGAUAAGAGCUACUACAAGUGCUGGGAGCCACUACGCAAACACUUCGACCCAAACUGGAGGCCCAGCAAACAGUAGAGCACCAUCCUGUCUUCCCCUGGGUCUCCCACAGAAAUCUACAUCUGGGACCUCUUUAGUGUAAUACCUCUAAACAAUGUCAUGGUAUUGAGUGCUUGGUUAGUUGGUACAGGCUGUACUUUCUGUGACUGGCCAGUUCAGUAAUUACGUUUACUGGACCAAAAAAUACCCUGAGAGCAUUUGGCAACUUGCUCACCAUGUUAUUCAAAGCCUUUCAAAGUUGUUAAUGCCAGACAGACACUCAUUCAGAUUUCGACAAUAAAGGAUGUUUUAUUCAGUUAUCAACAA